AUGGCAUCUAGAAUAUGUGACAGUGUUCUGGUGACUGGAUCAAACCGUGGAAUUGGACUUGAGUUGGUUCGACAGUUGGUUGAUUCACCCACGCCUCCAGUUCAGAUCUUUGCUGGUUGUAGAGACCCAAAUGGACAAAGAUCACAGGAUCUCCAGGAACUAGCUCAGAAGCACCGGGAUGUGAUCACGGUUGUCCAACUUGACACGACUAGUCCUACUAGUAUCACAGAGGCCUCAAAACUGGUGGAAACCAAGCUGAAGGGCAAAGGUCUGAAUUUGAUCAUCAACAAUGCUGGUGUGAACAUCCCAGGAUCCCUAGCUGAGACAGGAAAACAGGAGAUGGUGGAUGUGUACACAACCAAUGUUGUAGGACCCAUGCUCAUCGCAAAGGAUUUCCAUCCCCUCCUGUGUAAGGCAGCAGCUCAGUUUCCUCAUCAAGCAAAAAUGUCUUGCAGUAGGUCAGCUAUCAUCAAUGUCUCCACACUGCUGUCAUCCAUCACCACAUGCCCUGAGAAUUUCUCUGUGUCUCCAAUGUACCCCUAUCGGGUCAGCAAGGCAGCACUGAACAUGUUAACUCGCUGCUUGGCAGAAGAUUUAAAAAAAGAUGGCAUUCUUGUUAUGUCUCUCCAUCCAGGAUGGGUCCAGACAGAAAUGGGAGGCCCAAAGGCUCCCCUGACGACUGCUGAGAGCAUCAGCGGUAUGAUGAAAGUCAUCACAAGCCUCACCGAGAAAGACACUGGAACUCUUUUAGAUUGGGAAGGCAAAAACAUCCCCUGGUGAUUACGCCUCUCAUUUUGUGUGUCUUUACACAUCUUAAGUUUGUGUGAGAACAUUUUUUCUAAGAGAUAUUCUAGUAUAAGACAUGGUAUUUAUUUACAGGUUCACAAAGUUUGUAAUACAACAAUGAAAAAUGUGCCAUUGGUGUAAUGCAUGUGCAGAAGAUCUCAUAUCAAAACAUGAAAACAGGUUUUGUAUGCCUUGAAGUUUUGCCCUAUUGAUAUUUGUAUUGCUGACUUUCCAAAUUAAAUAUUAGCAAUUGUAAUAAAAUUAGCUGUGAGACAAUGGGGGGAAUGGGUAAGUAAAGGAAGAUAAGGAAUAUGUAAAGAGAGAGCCAAAAAAGAAACAAAGCCCACCACAACAUGCCCUUCUACAGCUGAGAUUUCCAGAAAGGACAAUAAAAUUAUGUACAAUAACAAAGAAAAACCAAUAACUGUAAGAGCUUUCCUGCCACUGCGUGUCUGAUAAAAUAUUUGGUGAAUAACGUGAUCGUCAAUCUUCCAAAACUACAUGGGUACAGUACGCCCUCUAGUGUUAUAUAAAUAUACCCAUUUUAGUGCAGUGGUUUUCGGCCUUUUUGACUCUGAGGCCACCCUUUUUCCAUGACAAUAUUCAACAUCUCUUCGAUUCAUACCGUUUUGAACCUCUGCUAUUUCUGUUGUAAUAAAAAUAAAUGAACUAAAAACAU